UGGAGCGCGCGGCUGGGCGGCUGCGUUUGUCGCGCCUCGGAGGGGGAAAGAAGUCAAGAUGAUGCCAAUGUAUUUCUUCUUCUCUGACAAAGUGGUUCUUCUGUUUGACUUUUGGAAUGUCCAGAGCCCUGCAGGAAUGGUCCUUUCGGUGCUGGUGAUCAUGCUGUUGGCGGUGUUGUACGAAGCCAUCAAAGUGGGCAGGGCCAAGCUGCUUCAGCGCACGAUGCCAACCAUGGCCCCCAGCCUCAGCCAGGAGACCUUAGAAGAGCCCGAGAGGACAUCCAUGAACAUAGGCAUGGAACAGCUAGCCAGCACCCCCAAAAAGAUAUUCAUGUGGCACAGUACCCAGACCCUGCUCCACGUAGUCCAAGUGGUCCUCGGUUACCUGGUGAUGCUGGCUGUGAUGUCUUACAACACGUGGAUCUUCUUGGGUGUGAUUGCGGGUUCAGCCAUCGGAUACUACUUUGCCUACCCGCUCCUCAACACCAGAUAG